GUGACUGUGACAUGACAGACAAGUGGUGUGAGUGAGUCACCAGGACAGGUUGAGCUGCAAAUGUUCAACGAGUAGCAGUUGGGACAUUGAGUGCUCGGCCUCCUUACAAAUAGAACAGUCGAGAAGGGGAUGGUGGGAUAGUAUCAUUAACUUCGCUUACUAUCCACGGGAGAUACCAGGACACUACAUGAAGAGAAGUGGAUUCUGUGUUUUAUAAGCAAAGACACGACAACUCUGAGAAGACUUGUAACUGUGAAGACCUCGUCAGACAGUCGAGCUCUGACGUGUUGGAUGUUGUUGCCCACAUGGUUGAGAAGCGAGAGAGGGGGUCGAUCGUCCCACGGAGCUGGAGGCCCGCGAGGAUGGAUUGAAUGUUCCAACAACAGACCGCGAGUGUCUUGCUGUGCUUGAGAGAAACUUAGUCCCGCUCAGAGGACAUCGUUGUCAGCCAUGUCUGACCAUCAUCUGUCUGCUCCACAACAGGGAAAGCGCCGCGCUGGUGCACCUUCGGGUAGAAAUCCUCGGGUCUCUCUCUACCUCCACGCUGUAACUGAGGAACAAGCUGCUCUACUCACAGAUACAGAAAAUACAAGUCCACUUCAGGAGGUCAAAAAGAAGUCGGGCGCCGACACAGAGCUUGACUCAAGCCCCUCACCUGUAUCAGGUAUGAGAGUUGUCAUCAUCCGCGGUAUUCCUUCUCAGAUCGAGGCAGCAGUCAGACUUAUAAACCAAACGACUCGCACUAAGGACACUUUCCUCCAACAAGUUCAGACAUUCUGGCUCCAAUGGGUUGAAGCCGCCUUUCCUGAUCUCGACUCACGCGCCUACUUCCUGCCUCCUGUCUACUUCAACCGCGUGCCCAUGACCAAGAAAAAGACAGCUGGACAGGAUGUUCUGGUCCUGGAGUCUGCCCCUGGACAAGCCGGUCAGUCCAAUCCACCGACGGUGAGUCCAUCCACUGCUGCUCCGUUGCCUUGCGUUCAGGACAGUGACGUCAGAGACGAUUCAGCCAUGCAGCGGAUUUUUGUCUGUCUGCAAUCCAUGUGUGAACAGAACGGAGAAGUGUUGAUAGGAAUGACUCGCCUUCAGUUUGAUCAGUACCUGGGUGAACCGUGUUACUCUGCAGCGGGUGCCCAGCUACCCGGAUCGCACAACCUUCCCCCUGGUCUACCUCAGAACUGGAAGCGGGGCGACUUUGACGUGCUUCUUAUUCACCGACAUUAUGGUGUUAUUGUCUGUGAAGUCAAGACGUUUGGUGACAAUAUAAAGACAUUAAGCAUGCCAGAAGAGGAUAUUUCUCAACAAAUCGGAAAGAAACUAAAACAGGCGGUGCAACAGCUGGACAAGGCGGAGGCCAUGUUGUCUCACCUGGUGUCCGACAUCGCUCCCGGUCUGCGCAUCACUAAGACCAUCGCUUUCCCCAACCUCACGGCUCGUCAACUUCAACAGGCUGUAUCUGAUGACACUCAGCUGUCUCAAAAACUCUGUCAAUGUCUACGAGAAACAGACCCCGCUGACAUCCCAGGUCUGUGUCUGUGCUGUGACCAGUUGUCUGACCCCAAGACACCGUGUGACGUCAGUAGUCACGUGCUGACGGAACUCGGACACUGGUGGCACCGACGUGUGGCUGGGGCUGGACCUGACAGUCACAUGACAAGUGACGUGUACAAGAGUCUUGUAGGAAGGUAAGCCCUUAAAUGUCACAGCAAUGAGAUGAAUUACAAAGUGGACACCGGCAACUCAGAGCCUGAAGCAUGGCACCUGGUGCAGAAACCAUUGAAAUGCCGGGGACUUGGGUAGUCUACCUGUGCUCUCCUUUAAUACAUAUUACAGAAAUGAGGUUCCUUUACAUCUCAAGAAAAAUUAUGUAUGUUUUAUGUAUUCAUAACUUUUGUCCUCCAUUCGUUCCAUCAGUGCACCAUAUCAAAUUGGCAAAGUUUAAAAGUAGACUGUGAUUACAUGUUAUGCUACAUACUUUGAAUGAGUAUGUUAAUAUGAAGUGUCUCCCUUUUACAUUAUGAUCUCAUGCCGAUAGGGAUUUUUAUCCACAUGUCUGUCAGCUUGAACGCUCUCAGACAUCUGGCGUACUGUAGAAACACAUUCUACAUUUUAAAAAAUGUUAAGUAAAAAAAAAAUUAAAUUAAUAUAAUAAUUAUUUGUUUAUGAUGUAUGUUGUAUUUCACUACUUAUUUACAGUUUUUGGAAACAUCUCAACGAAUAUAUUAUUGAUUUCACUAUACUAGAUUCUGUGGUCCGGCGACAACAGUGAGUGUGCCAUGCACAUGUCCUCCACGUGUGAGUGUCAAGACCCUGG